GCUUUCGUGCCAUCAGACUGAUUGAGUGGUGGCUUACACUGUAUCCUAAAAUUAGUUUUACAGUUAAAAAUACCAUACAGCCAUGCAUUCAAAUUUAGAAGCCCUUGUACUAAUUUCUUAACACUUACACCAACUGCCUCACAGAGGUUGGCUUGAUGUGCUUAUGGUUUCAUCUACAAUAUAAGAUCACUUAAAUUAAUCACUUAAAAUUUUUGUCAGUCACUGUAAUUAUACAACUCAAAUGUGACAAUCUGACCUUUUCAACUUGUACGCACAAGCAAACUCAUACUUCCUCUUGCAUUGUAUGCAAAACAUGAAAUAAAUUACACAGCACAAAAUAGAGAAUGUCCUUGAAUACUGAUCACGUGGCCUGAAUUUGUUAAAUCCACUCGUCAGACCAUGAGCAGCCAUAGUGAAGUGAAACACAUCACAUACCAUGUCCUGUGAAACUACAACGGAGGUGCAGCGGUUCUACAAGGACUGCGGUGUCUUUGUGACCGGCGGGACGGGUUUCCUGGGCAAGCUGACCAUAGAGAAGAUCCUCAGGAGUUGUCCCGACGUCAGGAAAGUGUACGUCCUGAUACGGCCUAAGAAGGGUUUAUCCGUGGAAGAAAGGAAAAAGACACUACUUGACAAUGUGAUGUUUGACCGCUUGAAGUGCGAGCGGCCAGACUCGGUGGACAAGAUAGUGUUCUUGGCCGGAGACUGCUCUAGUCCUCGCCUGGGCCUCAGUGACUCGGACUACCACCACCUGACCCAACAUGUCCACAUCGUGCUGCACCUGGCCGCUACGGUCAGGUUCGACGAGAAGAUGAAAGUGGCAAUAAACACAAACAUCAAGGGCGCUAUGGAGGCAUUAAAUCUCUGUAGGGACUGCAUCUCUCUAAAAGCUGGAGUAUUCGUCACCACAGCCUUCUCAAACCCCAACAGGUCACUGGUGAAAGAAGAAUUUUACAACCCACCCAUGCAAGUGGAUGAGAUUCUUGCCCUUUUGGACAGGUUGAAUGAACAUGAACUUGAAAUUCUAAGUCACAAGAUAACAGGACCUUGGACAAUUCCUUACUUAUUCUCAAAAGCGGUAAUAGAGAACUUCCUCUUCACGAAUGCAAAAGGUUUGCCAGUGUCAGUUGUGAGGCCAUCAAUGAUUGUGAGCACCGUAAAGGAGCCUGUACCUGGAUGGGUGGACAACAUGUACGGUCCUAUUGCCAUUAUCUUGGGAGCGGCCACUGGUGUGCUGAGGGUGAACCAAGCAGAUUUAGAUGUGGUAAUCGAUGUUAUUCCAGCUGAUAUAGUCAUCAACUGCAUCCUGUGUGCAGCAUCUACCACUAGAUCAAAUGAAACCAUCACCAUCUACAAUGCAACAACUUCAGACAGCAAUCCCGUGACAAUACGAAUGAUACAAGAAACAUUACUGACCUUCAGAGACAGAUUUCCAGUGAAAAAUUGUGUCUGGUAUCCAUUUAUGAUAUCAGUCCAAAGCUUCAAGCUGUACACAAUUCUCACAAUUUUCCUGCACGUGUUGCCAGGAUUUUUCUUAGAUCUGGCAUUUCGGCUGAUGGACAGGCAACCAAUCUUUAUGAAGAUCUACAGAAAAAUACGAAAAUAUACAAUCAUUUUAAAUUCGUUUCCUAUGAAAGAAAUAAUAUUCACCAGUGAUAACACAAGAAACCUACAUGCCAAACUUGAAGCAAAGGAUAAAGAGCUAUUCUCUGUUGACACCCAACAAUUGACUGCCAUGCAGUUUAUGGAAUUGUCUUGUAGCGAAGCAAGAAAGUAUCUUCUGAACGAAACAGAGGAAGAUCUAGAGGAGGCUAAGGCAUUGAAUCUGAAAUUAUACAGAAUCCAUACUAUUGUCAAGUAUUUCCUGUACGGCUUGGUGAUUUGGGCAGCAUGGCAGAUGAUUAUGUAUUUUAUGUUCUGAUCAAUUCAAGAUGAAGAAUCAGUUGCAUUUGUUUUAUUAAAGUACAAUAACAGUGCAUAAACCUAUAGUGUGUCAGUUUCUAUUACAAAUGCAUAGCACGAGUUAAAAAAGAAAUCACAUGCAAGUCUGUUCAGUUCUUACAACCUGGCUACAAAAGUCAAAUAAAGAAUUUUUCAUGGUAGUCACAUAUUCAAAAAAAAAUUUUAACUUUAUCAUUGGGUUUUAUCUAUGUGAACUUGUAGUGGUUGCUUAACUAAACCACAUUUACCAUAUUCUUUCAUAUCACUUUCCGGAACAAAAAACUUUGGAUACAGAUCCUGAUCUACAAAAAAUAAACUAAAUAUGUAAUGAAGUAUUUGUGGAAGAAUUUUCUACAACAAGGUAUAUCGAUGAAGUUGUGUGUUUUAAAUAUUUGUAUCCAGUGCAAAUAAAAAGAUAUUUCACUAA